AGGAGAAAUCUGGCAACCCUUGGAUCAGAGGGGACCAGUGAUCCACACCAAAUGAAUCGCAAUCUAAUCGUAAACUAAACUUAUUUAAAUCAAUACAUAUGUACUAUAGAUAUUAACUGCCGUUAAUGUGCUUUUGAGUUACGUUUAUUCCGAGAUCUAAAAGCCCACCGUUUGAGGUCCGUCUGAUGAAAGUCGUUUCGAAAAUGUGUAACAGACCGGUGUCGUAAACUUUAAACUCAGCAUGACUCAUAAUGAGUAACACCACGUUGCGAGGUAAAGUCUGGGCGGCUGUGACACAAGCUUUUAAACUUCCAAUGGCUCUCAUAAGGCGGAUGAUAACAACACUGAUCAACCGAGUGUGGAUGAGCACGCUGCCGUCUCCGAAGAUGUCUGCUCAGACGAUGGUUGACUGUAACAGAAGGAAAAUGGUUGUUGGGCUGGGAAACCCUGGCAUGAAUGGCUCUCGACAUAGUGUUGGUAUGGCUGUCCUCACGACGUUAGCUGAACGAUUGGGAGCGCCGGAUAGCUGGAGGUCUGACAGACAGGUUUCAGGGGAGGUCAUUGUGACACAGCUUCAAGACAUCCAGUUGGUUGUCCUUCGACCCAAGUUGCUAAUGAACAUCAAUGGCGUGAGUGUGGCAAAAGCAGCCAGUAAAUAUUUAAUUUCACCUGAGCAUAUUCUCUUGAUUCACGAUGAGCUUGACAAACCACUUGGAAAGUUUGGCAUUAAACAUGGUGGAAGUGCAAGGGGUCACAAUGGUGUGAGAUCAUGUGUGGACUGGCUUCAUACUGAUGUGAUGCCACGCUUGCGUAUUGGUAUUGGGCGACCAUCGGGGAAAAUGCCUGUUGACCGUUAUGUUUUAGGACGUUUUUCACAAGAGGAACAAAAUGUUCUAGACUCUGUCAUGAAGCAGAGUGUAGAUGUUCUGCUGACAUUUAUCACAGACUCGCAACCCCAGACUUCCCCAGCAGAGGGAAGAAGAGCGUCACGAAAGAAUAAAUCCAGGACUCUUUCACCACCUCAGGACACCACAGAAGAGCAGAAACAGAGCUGACGGACACAUUAGAUGUUUGAUAACUGUAUUUCUUUUCUGAUAGAGUUGAGUUUUAUGAUGCCAUGUUUAGAUCCCCAGAAGAGGGAAGGAUACUGUCAUAAAGGACAAAACCAAAACUGACAUCAAUGCAUACUCAUUUCUGAUAACUCUGUACGGAAGGAGUUGAGCUUUGUUAGGCCUCUUCCAUAUUCCGAGUUCAGUAUAUUGGGAGGCAGCAGCCUGCGUUUUAUGCUCUAUUAUAGUAUUUAUAACAGGUUUUCCCAGUUUUGGUAGACCCCUAAAGGUUUCUGGAGGUAAAUACAGAAGAGUCAAUCAAUUAAAAAUGCCAAUGCAGUAAAAAUGUAUAAGGCUUUAAAAAAAACCCAACCAUAAGUAAAUAAACAACAGAAAUUUGGCCAGUGAACAUGUAAAGAAAAACA